AUGGUUGCUGAAAACUCUUCGGCAGCCCACAAUCGGUUUCGCCCUUCUUGGGGCUUAUCAAGUAGGCGCAGUCCCCGAGUUUCCAACAACCUUAUGUUCUACUUGAACCCUGACUUUACACGCUCCUACCGGAUAAAGAGCAUCUUCCCAGGGACUAUCUAUGAACGUUCACAAAGUGGACUGGCCACAACGGGCCUGAAUUCUCAGGUGAAAACUCUUUUAGAAAACACUAAUAUUAUAAACUACCAAAUACUACCAAAUAACUACCAAAUACUGUUUAGAAGCUAUAUAAUCACAGGCAGAAGAGGAGGAAUUCACCCACUCAAACCUGCACUGACGAUGUCACCUCGAUUGGUGAUGAAACGUUUGCAAUCCAACUGCCAAGCUCGGCGAACAGACCAACAACCAAACAGCGCACCCGAGCUACCUACAUUCCACAACAUUGCUAACACUAAUAUUAAUCAUUACCAUGAAGUAUCUACUUCCAAGGAAAACAGUUUCACAAGCUGCAAGGUCUCUCCCUUAGAGAAGUUACCACCCAGGGGUCAAGCAACGCUUGACAUCAUGGCUCCAGAAGAUUUUGUCUCUGGUAAGUACUCAGAUUGCCAAAUGAACCCAACAGCCUGUCCAAAAACACCUGGGUCUCUGAGGCGGUCUCAUCCUGAGGGGUCAUCUGUAGGACGUUCCACGACAGUUUGCGCUGUGUUGUUGCAUGGGGGUGAGACAUGGCCUCUGCGGACAGAUGAUGUGAGGCGUCUUCAGGUUUUCGACCACCGAUGCCUCAGAAGCGUGGCUGGUUAG